AUGGCGGCGGCCACGAGACCAGAGGAAGACGGCCGCUGGGGAGAGAAUGCGGCAGGCGAAAUCUCAGUAAACGCCGCGCUGGAGGAGUAUCACGAUCUUGAGAAGGAGUUGAGCACGAUUCAACACCGCCACUCUACUGCAUAUCAACGGAAGCCUUCAGAACACCAUGGCGAUGUCGGAGGAGAGAGCGACUCGACAAUCGCACCCAGUCUAUCAGGCAAUGACACUUUCGACCUGCCCGACUUUCUCAGGAGGGGGAUCAUGGACAUGCGCACACCUAGCGGCGGACCGGCAAAGAGACUAGGUGUUUCUUUCAAGAAUUUGACAGUAAAGGGCAUCGAGUCAUCGACGAAGCAGGUCACGACGUUUCCCCGGGAUCUGGUCAACACUUUCGGACCGGACUUUUACCACUUCAUUACUGGCAUCUUCCCCAAGCUGAAGAUUCACAAAGAGCCAACUGUCGACCUCAUUAGAAAUAUGACAGGAACGGUGCGGCACGGGGAGAUUAUGCUGGUUCUCGGGCGACCGGGUUCCGGGUGUUCGACUUUUCUCAAAGCUAUCGCUAACCACAGGGACGAAUACGCCAAGGUUGAUGGGGAGGUACAUUAUGGCGUUAUUCCGGCCGAAGAUCAACUGCAGCGAUACCGAGGCGAGGUCGUCUACUGCGAAGAGGACGAUCGGCAUUUCCCCCCCCUUACAGUCUGGCAGACUCUAUGGUUCGCCUUGAAGACAAAGACUCGGAAAAGAGAGCAAUGGACGAUCCCGCUGAUUCUCGAUUCGCUUCUUCAAAUGUUUGGAAUUGAUCACACCAAGAACACGUUGGUCGGCGACGAACACAUUCGAGGUGUUUCUGGAGGAGAGCGAAAACGUGUGAGUCUGGCUGAGACGCUAGCCACACGAGCAUCUGUCGUUUGCUGGGACAACUCUACCCGAGGACUCGAUGCCAGCACAGCUCUCAGUUUUGCCAAGUCACUUCGCGUCUACACCGAUGUUAGCGGACGGACGACCCUCGUAACACUCUACCAAGCUGGGGAGUCAAUCUACGAGUUGAUGGACAAGGUUCUUGUCAUAGAUGACGGACGCAUGCUGUUCCAGGGACCCGGUGAUGAGGCGAAGAAGUACUUCGAGGACUUGGGAUACCUAUGCCCUCCUAGACAAACUACCGCCGACUUUCUCACUUCCAUCGCCGAUAAGAAUGCCCGCCACUUCCAGCCCGGGCGAGAAGAGACAACUCCCAAAACAUCUGAGGAGCUUGAACGGGCGUUCUUGGAGAGCGAACACUACCAACGCAUCCUCCAAGAUGUCGAGGAUUACGAACGAGGUAGCAGAUCAGCGAACAACGACAAGCAUCGCAUGUUCGCAGCUACCGUCAAGGAUGCCAAGAGCAAGACCGUUAUCGGUGACUCCAUCUACACCGUCUCGUUUUUCAAGCAAGUGGCUGCCUGUACCAAGCGCCAGGCAUGGCUUCUGUGGGGUGACCGGGGCUCAUUCUACACCAAGCUCGCCAUCAUCAUCGCCAACAGUCUCAUCGUUUCAUCCCUUUUCUACGGCUCCGGACAGGACACAUCUUCAGUCUUCGCGAGAGGCGGUGUGGCUUUCUUCUCCAUUGCCUUUAUCGGAUGGCUUCAGUUUGCAGAACUCGUCCCUGCGAUUGAUGGUAGAACAACGAUCGAGAGGCAGCGAGUGUUUGCCUUUUACAGGCCGUCUGCUGUGGUCAUUGCGAGAAUGCUGUUGGACUUCCCGCUGAUCCUCAUCAUGACGCUCUUGUUUUCCAUACCAGUCUACUUCUUGGCGCAAUUCGACGUGGACGCCUCCAAGUUCUGGAUCUACACACUCAUCGUGUACACAGCUACCUUUUGCCUAACGACCAUGUACCGGAUGUUCGCGUCACUGUCAUCCACUGUUGACGAUUCUAUCCGGUUUGUUGGAGUCGUCCUCAACAUCAUGUUCAUCAUGACGGGAUACGUAAUCCCCAAACCAAAUUUGCUCAGCGACGCAAUCUGGUUCGGCUGGAUCUACUACAUCAACCCCGUAGCCUACGGAUUCGAAGCCCUUCAAGCCAACGAGUUCUUUGGACGAGAAAUGCAAUGUAGCGAGUCUCAGCUUGUGCCGCGAGGACCCGGCUCGAGAGCGAACCUAUGGCGCAACUUUGGCAUUAUGAUCGCUUUCACCGUCUUCUUCCUCGCCAUGACUGUCCUGGCUGUCGACACUAUUCGCUUCAAGGGAUCUAGUGCCCAGUCCCUGAUCUUCGCGAAACCUCGGGAUAGGAAGACCGUGGACAACGAGAAGAACGGCCCUACAGAAGAGACUGAAGAGGCAUUUGAGCCCAUCGGCGACGGCCAAAGUGUUUUCACAUUCAAGAACAUCAACUACACGGUACCUUACGGCAGCGGUGAACGACAACUCUUGAACGGCGUCUGCGGAUACGCCAAGCCUGGGAAGAUGAUCGCGCUGAUGGGCAGCUCGGGCGCCGGCAAGACGACUCUUCUCAACACUAUCGCCCAGAGACAAAGGAUUGGUGUCGUUAUGGGAGAUAUGCUUGUGAAUGGAGCUAGUUUGGGGCCCGAGUUCCAGAGAGGUACUGGUUUCUGUGAACAGAGAGAUAUCCACGAAGGGACCGCCACGAUCAGAGAGGCAUUGGAGUUCUCUGCGCUACUUCGACAAGAACGCGCGAUUCCUCGUGAGGAGAAGAUUGCAUACGUGGAUCGAAUCAUUCACCUCCUGGAGCUGGGCGAUUUGCAGCAUGCCAUCAUAUCUUCCUUGACAGUGGAGCAGAGGAAGAGAGUCACGAUUGGGGUUGAACUGGCUGCUAAACCUAGUCUGCUUCUCUUCCUUGAUGAGCCCACGAGUGGUCUCGACAGCCAAUCUGCAUUCUCCAUCGUCCGAUUCCUCCGAAAGCUAUGCAACGCCGGCCAAGCCAUCAUCUGCACAAUCCACCAGCCCUCCUCCGACCUCAUCGAGCAAUUCGACAUGAUCUUGGCCCUCAACCGAGGCGGAAACACAUUCUACUUCGGACCAGUCGGCACCAACGGGUCCGUCGUCAUCGACUAUUUCACACAGCGGGGCUUCCAUUGCCCCCCGAGCCGCAACGUUGCCGAGUUCAUCCUCGAGACGGCAUCGCAACCGUCAGUCCAGGACGGCAAGCGCAUCGACUGGAACGAGGAGUGGCGCAACUCGGAGGAGCACAAAGCAAUUGUAGCGGAAAUUGAUCAAAUUACUGCCGAGAGACGAGCUCCGCCAGAGAGAUCGACGGCGCAGACGGAGUUUGCGGCCUCGACUGCUUACCAGUGCCUCCUUCUCACGAAGAGGAUGUUUGUUCAGCAUUGGAGAGAGCCCCAGUACAUGUAUAGCAGAGUGUUUGUGCAUACGAUCAUGGGUAUCUUCAACGGAUUCACAUUUUGGAUGCUCGGGAACGACAUCGCAGGCAUGCAGAAUCGCAUGUUCAGCGCCAUUAUUCUCAUCUUCUUCGUACCUCCCACCGUUGUCAACAGCGUCGUGAUCAAGUUCUUCCAGAACCGAGAUCUGUGGGAAGACCGCGAACUGCCUAGUCGCACGUAUGGAUGGGUCGCAUUUUGCACAGCUAACGUCGUGUGCGAGAUCCCUAUGGCCAUUGUCUCUGCCACAAUCUACUGGCUGUUGUGGUACUUCCCCGUUGGCUUCCCCGCUACUUCAUCUGUCUCUGGCUACACCUACCUUAUGGUUCUUGUCUGGUCUCUAUUCCAAUCCAGCUGGGGCCAGUGGAUUUCCGCCUUCGGGCCAUCGUACUCCACGGUGUCAAACAUCCUACCCUUUUUCUUCGUCAUGAUCGCCAUCUUCAACGGCAUCCUGGUGCCUUAUGCGUCAAUGCCAUCGUUUUGGAAAUACUGGAUGUACUACAUCAACCCAACAACCUGGUUCAGCCGAGGCGUCCUCUCAGCCGUCCUUCCGCCGGCAGUCGUGCAGUGCAGCUCUGCAGAGCUCGCCAGGUUCAAUCCGCCUCCAGGCUCAACGUGUGGCCAAUACGCUGAUCGGUUCGUUAAUGAGGUCGCGAUGACGGGCUACCUAGAGGACCUUAACGCAACGUCCAAUUGCGGCUACUGUCCGUACAACAACGGCGGCGAGUACAUGCAGACGCUCAACGUCCACAACAGCGAUAAGUGGCCUGCUUUUGGCAUCUUGAUUGCCUUUGCCAUUGCUAAUUGGGCUCUGGUGUACUUCUUUGUUUACACUGUUAGAAUCCGGGGGUGGUCUUUUGGGAUAGCGACGGUGACGAAGUGGUGCUCAAAGAUUCUGAGCAAGGUCUUUGGGCGUGGCAAGCAGAGUAGCACCGAGAGUACCAAGGCGUGA